AUGCCCGACUUCAAGGUCUUUGCCACGCUCGGAAAGCACCCCAUCGCGCAACAAAAGCGCCUUGACCGGCUCUGGCACCUUGUCGGCGUCUUCCGCGUUGGUUGGUCCAACGUGGACUGUUCUUCUAAUCGGCCGGUGACGCUCAUGGUCAUUGUCCGCACGGACGCCGUGGUCGAUGCUCGACUUGCUCAGGGCGCAGCUACACGCUGCCAUGAAAUCCUCCUCAAGCGUGGCUUGGAGGACAUUGCCGUCGAAGUCGCCUAGUCUGCCACCACCCCUGGCGCUGCUUGGGGAGACCAUGUAGAACGGCAAAUCUGGUAUCCCAACAAUGAAUUCGAACACGAUUUCGACCUCGACCCUGCCCUUGGUCGUAGCAUCGGAAUCACCGGCACCACGUCUUCUGGAACAUUGGGCGGAUAUCUUCGCAUCAACGAUCAGGUUUACGCCCUCACAUGCCAUCAAGUCAACGCGUCAGAAACUAUCAGUUCUCUCUCCUACAGUCAUCUCAAGUUACUUACCC